AUGUCUUCAAAAGACCUUUGGAAGUCGUCCAAGUUCAGUGACUGUACGAUUUCCUGCGGAGUGAAAACUUACGAUGUCCACAAGUGCAUCAUAUAUACGCGGUCCCCAGUCAUGGAGGCGGCUUUCUUUGGUAACUUCAAGAGGAAGCUUCACACACACACCUUCACACGGAUAAGUAUGAGCCUGCACCAGGCCCUUUUCCAUAUAGAUAUCAACAUAGCUGCCGAUUACUAUCAAAUCGACGGUCUCCUAAAGCUAUCCAAAGAUAAUCUCAGAGACUUCUUGAGUGUAUUGAAGCAGGUAGAACAGCUUCCUGCCAUUAUCAAGGCUGCUACAAAAGAGCAAGUCGAUCAAAAGUUACAGUCUCUGGUUGUAUCGACCUCAGUAAGAUUCAUAGAAGACCUUGCCGAUAAUCCAGAUUUUGCAUUACUAGAUCUCCCUAAGGACUUCAGAAACACCAUUUUUGAAAUGUAUACUUUACGACUUGUGCUCAUGAAAUCAGUAACAAUUAAAGGCAGUAUCGAGCUUAACGCAAGCCUCAAGCUUUGCAAUCGGACACUCAAAAACGAUCAACCUAAGGAGGGUGAUAGAUGGCAGAUAAAGCGUGAAUCUGGAAUAUCUAGGCUCUGUAUAGAAUCUACUAGAUUAAUGAAGCGAUAG